UGGACGCUACGUCAUGGAUUAGAGAUCCUGUCCGUGCUGUAGGAGCUGGAGAAAUGAAGAGCUAACAUCGGAGACCCUCGAACAGAGACCUGUCCCCCCUCUAGGAUAGUCGCUCUCUCCCUCACGCUCGGCUUCGUUAAUCGGCGCCUUAUCGCUCUCAUAUGGAAACGAGCUGCGUGGAGAACGGGAUGCCGUGUCAGAACGAGAGCGAGCGCGUAAACGGCGGCAGGCAGCCGGAGGAGCACGCGGCCAAGCAGGUCCGCUUCUCCUCCAGCGGGGGAGAGCACGAGCACGAGCACGAGCACGAGCGCGCCAGCGAGGUCCAGCGGCAGAUCGGUCCUCAGCUCAAACUUCUGCCUUUAAACGACCAAAUACGAGAGCUCCAGACCAUCAUCAGGGACAAGUCUACAAGUAGAGGUGAUUUUGUGUUUUGUGCUGACAGAUUGAUAAGACUGGUGGUUGAAGAGGGACUCAAUCAGCUUCCCUACAGCGAAUGCACCGUGACUACGCCAACAGGUCACAAGUAUGAUGGAGUAAAGUUUGAGAAGGGGAACUGUGGCGUGAGCAUUAUGCGAAGCGGUGAGGCUAUGGAGCAGGGUCUGAGGGAUUGCUGUAGGUCAAUCCGCAUAGGAAAGAUUCUGAUCCAAAGUGACGAGGAGACUCAGAAAGCCAAAGUUUACUACGCCAAAUUCCCCCCCGACAUCAGUCGCAGGAAGGUGCUGCUCAUGUAUCCCAUACUAAGUACAGGUAACACUGUGAUCGAGGCGGUGAGGGUGCUGACAGAACACGGCCUGCAAGCCAGACACAUCAUACUGCUUAGCCUUUUCUCCACUCCACACGGUGCAAGGUCCAUCAUACAGGAGUUUCCUGACAUCACGAUACUGACAACUGAAGUUCACCCUGUCGCUCCGACACACUUCGGCCAGAGAUACUUUGGCACAGACUGAUAAUGGCACACACAAUUGUGUAUGUAUGUACACACGCUCUCCGUCAUUCUAUCAAUUACAAAUUAUACAUGUGUGUGUGCGUGCACGUGUGUGUGUCUGUGUGUGUGUGAACUGAUCGAUUGAGCUGUUUUGUUUUGAGUGUCGUUUACCAUCCCAUUGGUCAGGGCAUGAUGUGCUCUGACUGUAUUGUCUCUCAUUGGUCCACUAGAGGACUCCACUCUUGGUCCAUUUCGGAAUGUUUCCACAACGUGAUUUUGUCCAAUGAAUUCAGGCAUUAACUGAUGUUUGGCCUCACAAGGGCUUUGGCCUCACUAUUGCUUUGAAUGCCAGGGCAGGGUGGCACGUUCUAGAGUGAGACAGUAUUGUAGAAUGAUCUUGAACUGACAAGAGACACAUUCCAGCUUUAAUGCAUGUGCUGCCCCAGGGGAUAUUUCUCUACAAUGUCAGUCAGGCCUUGGCCGUUAGAAAAAGGGUAAAAUAUAUAUAAAUAAAAAUAUUUUGUACAAAACAA